CGCACGCUGGACGCUGCCGACGUGGCGGGUGGAAAAGUUUCACUGCUGAGUCUGGUGCUGCUGAACACGGUCACGAUGUCCCAGGCUCCCUCCUUUGAGGCAGAGCCCUCAGCAGACACAGUGGUCCCAGAUCAGGAGUCCACUCAGGAGGUCCCAGAUGUGUCCAUCGAAACUGCUUCAACACUGGAAAGCUUUGAGCAGCCACAGUCCACAGAGGGAACUACAAGUGACAAUAGUGCAAAGGCUGACACAACGACUGUAUCCGAGCAGUCGGACCAUGCAGCUGGAGAACAGGAGGUUAUUUGUGAUCAGCCAGUGAGUCUGGGUCCGGACACGGAGGAGGAAGUGGAGGAGCAGAGUUCACCUCAGGAGACAGAUAAAAGCUGGGUAGGCUGGAGUUCAUGGGGAAAAUCAAUUCUGUCUAGUGCAACCUCCACUGUGGGUCAAAGUCUGAGCUCAGUGAAGGUGAAGGCAGGAGAGGCACUGCGUCUCCACAGGACCUCAGUGGGAGAGGAGGCUCAGGAGGAUGGGGGUGUAGAGGGAGGAGCUGAUGCUGCAGAGAGCGCUCACUCUGUUGAGUUGCCCACUUCUAACAGAGGAGUCUUUUCAUCAAUCACACAUGCAGGAAAGUCGGUCAUCAGUGGAGGUUUGGAUGCACUGGAGUUCAUCGGGAAGAAAACUAUGACUGUUCUUGCCGAGAGCGACCCUGGAUUCAAAAAGACGAAAAUACUGAUGGAAAAAACUGCAUCCCUGAGUCAGAUGUUAAAGGAAGCCAAAGAAAAGGAACGUGCCCGGCUCUGUAACCAGCCAAUCAGCGCUCCCUCUCCUCAUUAUGGCAUUUUAUUUGAUGAUUACCAGGGUUUAUCACAUCUCGAGGCCCUUGAGAUCUUGUCCAAUGAGAGCGAAGUCAAAGUUCAAGCCUUCUUGUCUUCUCUGACCGAAACGGAGCAGGAGGAGGUUAAAACGGAAUUGAUUUUUAUAAAAGAGAUCUUCAUCAGGCAAGAGGAUAAAGAGGCCCAGGAGGAAGCCGAAGUUCAUGAAGGGGAGGCAGAAGUGUCCAAGGACAAUGGUGAUCUAAGUUCCCAUUUUCACUGUUCUACCCCCCUCUCCUCUGAUAGUGAGGAGUUCCUGAGCGUUCUUACUGAGCUGCUGUUUGAACUUCAUGUUGCAGCUACACCAGACAAACUCAAUAAGGCUCGUAGAAGAGCCCAUGAUUGGGUGAGUGAGGUGGAACGUCCCGUCACUACGGAUACUGUUGGCAGGGAAACGGAGGACCAUCUGAAUAAAGAGGCACUGGAUGAAGAAAAUAAAAAUGGAGAGAAUGAACAAGAGAAAAAUGAAGAGACAAGCGAAGAAACCAAGGAAAAGGACCCUAGAUCUGUAGAGGCUGUCUACGAGUCAUCAGUCAGCAGUCUUGCUGAAGUGACAGCACGCAGUAUCGAGCAGCUCCACAAGGUGGCAGAGCUCAUCCUCCAUGGUCAGGAGCAGGAGAAAGCUGCCAGAGACCAAGCCCAGGUCCUCACCAGGUUAACAUGUGCUAUGUGUAAAGAAGUAAAGGCUUUGGCCAAGAAAUUCUCUGACACGCUGCUUUAUGUUGGGAGUCCAAAGAAGGCUGAGGAGCUGAAUCCUUUGGUCGACAGUGUGCUGCAAGAGGGCUCCAAUAGCACAAACUACAUUCAAAACGCAUUUCAGCUGCUGCUCCCAGUUCUGCAAAUCUCCCAUCUCCAGAGCCAGCACUGCCACAAUACAACACAAGCAGAGGGCGCAACGCACUAACCUACAAGGCCUGUGUCAAGCUUCUUAAGUUACUAAUAUAUGAUACGAUGUAAACACACUUUUUUUUGGCACAGAGACGCUUCAGUUGUACAGAUCGUUAUGGCAUUAGAUGAUUAGAAAUGCUUUACACCACAUAAAAGUGAAUGGAUCUUAAAGGGCCCGUAUUACGCUUUUUUCUGAUCUACGUUAUGAUGUUGUUUCCUCAUCAAAAACAACUGGACACACCCACCCAUCAUUUCAGCUCUGAAAUUGCCAAUCUCUCUUGACUAAGGUGAUUAAGGUCGCUGUUAACUUGAAAUCUACUGCUUCAUGACGUCACAAGGUGGAACAGAGCAUUUUGAGUUUUGGAAAUGUCGACAGACUAAUAAUGAAGGACAACUCUUAACAUGUGUGAAUGAAACAAAACACAACUCCAGGUCUGUUUUUGAUGAGGCAGCAACAUUUUAACAUGUCUUAAAGCUCACAAGAGUCCAUUUUGUGCAAUAUAGGAACUUUUAGGACCAUAAAUGUUUAAUUGUGUUUUAAACUACGUCAUAGAUUUCUUGCACUCCAUGUGAUGCAUUGGUAUUUCUGUGGGAAAAUAUUGUUGCACAUGAAAGAAAUUGAACCUGGUUUGAAAUGAACCAGCAGUACUGACUAUAAAUAUUUAUUAUGGCUAAUUUAGACAAAGCUUCAUCCUCGUGUACAUUUCAAAUUUUUUUUAACUAGUUUCAUAUACAGUGGUAUUAUGAAAUGUUAUGCUGCUACAUAUAUAAUGUUAACUUUAAGUGGACCAAAUUAUGUCAACUUAAGAAUUAUUAUUUUAUUUUUCAAAUCCACUGUUGCUUUAAUACUGCAUCUAGAUGUAUUUGCUAUUACUGACAUCACGUCCCUUUAAUCAAGAUUCAUUCAUUAAAGGUCUUCACCUAAGCCCACUCUCUUUAAUUAAAAGAAAUCCUUAAAGAGUAACAUUUACUAUUGCGCAGUGUUCCUGAAUAAAAUAUUGAGACUCCAUAUUGCAUCUUAAUGUUUUGGCAUGUCUUUCUGAACCAGUGUUUUCACCAGCUUUAACAGCAAACCCGAAUAUAAAUAACUCAUUUGCAAAGCAGGCUUGACAUUUUG